GUAGAGUAAUGAAGUAAGAAACAAAGAAGUGAACAUGCAGAGGCUAGCUGUAGCACUCAUGAGGCUCACUCUAUAUAAGUGCUCCAAGUCCCUCAUAGCUUCAGCAUCACAGAGCCAACCGAUCUUUGCUUUCUGAGAUGGCCUCUAAGACUCUCUCGAUGCUCUUGGCCUCUUUGGCCAUCUCCCUUCUGCUCACAGGGUCAGCAGAGGCACAGGGCUUGAGUCUUGGUUACUACAGCAAGGCGUGUCCUAAUGCCGAAUCUAUCGUGUUCGAGGAGAUGGCCAAAGUCAUCAAAGUCGCACCAAGCCUUGCUGGUCCUCUCUUGAGGAUGCACUUCCACGAUUGUUUCGUAAGGGGAUGUGAUGGGUCAGUCUUGUUGAACUCCACGAAGGGAAAUGUAGCUGAGAAGGACGCACGUCCCAACCUCUCACUCAGAGGCUAUGGUGUCAUUGACAGAGUGAAGGCUAAACUGGAGAAAGCUUGCCCCGGGAUCGUCUCCUGCGCUGAUAUCCUAGCUUUGGUCGCCAGGGAUGCGGUGGUUUUGAGCAAAGGACCCUAUUGGCCUGUGCCGACUGGUCGAAGGGAUGGCUUUGUGUCCAUAGCCAACGAGACCAAACAGCUGCCACCACCCACCGCCAACAUCACUACGUUGAUCUCAAUGUUUGCAUCCAAAGGAUUGAGCGUGAAGGACCUUGUUGUUCUAUCAGGUGGGCACACGAUCGGGAUCUCGCAUUGCGCAGCCUUCAACGACAGGCUCUACAACUUCACCGGCAAGGCCACGCCCACCGACAUCGAUCCCACACUCGACAAGUACUACCUGGCGAAGUUGAGGACGAUCUGCAAACCCAACGACGCCGUCACUUUCGUGGAGAUGGAUCCAGGGAGCUUCAGGACAUUCGACACAGGCUACUACAAGCUGGUAGCCAAGAGCAGAGGUGUCUUCCACUCUGACGAGGCUCUCCUGCAGCAUCCCCUGACAAAGGCAUACGUCCUGAGCCAUGCCGGUGCUUCCGAGUCGGAAUUCUUCAAGGACUUCGGGGACUCCAUGAUCAACAUGGGGAAUGUUGGUGUCCUCACUGGCUCAGCAGGUGAGGUCAGGAAGAAAUGUUCGGUUGUCAACUAGAGGGUACGAACUUUCUCGAUCAGCAAUCGAAGAGACUUAGGAAGCAACUUUUACGCUGUGUGUUUGACUUCCAAAGUGAUUCGUGGUUUGGUAGCUUGUCAUUUGUGAAGUCUGCUGUGAUUCUUUGUAACUCUCUGUAUCCUACUAAUACUUUUCGGAAUGACCGGUAGAACUCUACCAGCGAAGUUCAUAUCUUUCAAUAAAUAAGUUGAUAUUUCCAGA